AUGAAGUGCAAUACAUUCGCCGCCGCCUUCGGGCUGUUCGCGCCCACCAGCGCACUGCUUCGAUUCGGCUGCGCCAGUCUGACAACCCAGCGUAUAGAUCCCUUGGUUAACCCAGGCGUGUCCCCGUCGCCCCAUCUUCAUCAGAUCAUCGGAGGCGACUCGUUCAACGUGUCGAUGGAUCCCGCCACACACGAUCUCCCGGCGCUUUCUACUUGCACGACCUGCCAGUUCUCUGAAGACUUCUCCAACUACUGGACCGCUGUUCUCUUCUUCCGUGCUAGGAAUGGCUCUUACCACAGGGUCCCGCAAAUUCCGCAAGCGGGCAUGGAGAGUACCAAUGGCGGCAUGGUCGUCUAUUACAUGAGCGACGCCCUCUUCGACACUGCACAGAAAUCAACAGUCACGGCUUUCAAGCCCGGCUUCCGCAUGCUUGUUGGCAACAACGAUUUCCGGACCCGCGACCAAGCCAGAAGUUUCCGGCAGCUGACCUAUACGUGCAUGGCAUCCCAGGCCACCCGUAAUCCCGAGACUCUAGACUUCCCCACGGGUACUUGCAAAACUGGGAUCAUGGCCACCCAUCGCUUCCCGACCUGCUGGGACGGCGUCCACCUGGACUCGCCCAACCAUCAAGACCACGUCGCAUACCCGGAAUCCGGCACCUUUGAGUCCGGCGGCCCCUGCCCCGCCACGCACCCCGUCAAGAUCCCGCAGCUAAUGCUGGAGACCGUAUGGGAUACCUCCGCUUUCAACAACAAGGCCGAUUGGCCGGAGGACGGCAGCCAGCCGUUCCUCUGGUCCAGCGGCGACACGACGGGCUAUUCCACCCACGCCGAUUACCUGUUCGGCUGGAAGGAUAACUCUCUCCAGAAGGCUAUGGAUGCUCAUACCUACGUCAGCGCUCCGACGCUCAAGACCCAGAGUAUCGCCCAGCAGAACAAGUGCACCGUUCCUCUCAUGGUCAAGGAGAAUAUCGACGGCUGGUUGUCCGAGAUCCCCGGCCAAGGCAUGGAAGGCAUGGCCAUGUAA